CUGUCCUCGAGGGUCCAAAAAGAAACCACCGCGCAAGAGAACUAAACAAGAGAAGAGAGUGAGAGAGAGAGAGACACCUUCCUCCUCCGUCUUGAACCCUACGGGUAGCAUCGUUCCGGACAUCCAUGCCCCAUCUUCUGCAAACCCUAAUCCCAAUCAGUUCCCAUCCAUUAGCGGGCAUGAACUUCCGUCUGAUUACAGCAUUCUCAUUCCCUUCAUAUCAUUUCUAAACCUUUAUCUCCUCAAAACCAAUUUUUUUUUCUAGUUUCUUUACGCAAUCUCUAGGGUUUGCAAAUUCUCAAUUUUGUUAUCUAGGAUAGAAUGUCCAUCCCUCCCAUGAACUGUAUGUAUGUUACAGAAGAAUAUAUGAAAGAAUGGAAAAGCGGAAACCAAAACUUUCGCGUCCCUAACCCCGUGCCUAUACUCCGCUUCCUUUACGAGCUAUGCUGGACCAUGGUGAGGGGCGAAUUGCCGUUUCAGAAGUGCAAAGUGGCACUAGAUUCUGUAGAGUUUUCGGAUAGAGUGUCUGGUGAAGAACUGGCCUCGAAUUUUGCCGAUAUAAUUACCCAGAUGGCUCAGGAUCUCACAAUGCCUGGAGAGUACCGUGUUCGUCUCAUAAAGUUGGCAAAGUGGCUGGUGGAAUCUACGUUGGUCCCAUUAAGACUUUUCCAAGAGCGUUGUGAGGAGGAAUUUCUGUGGGAGGCUGAAAUGAUAAAGAUAAAGGCUCAGGAUUUGAAGGGCAAAGAGGUUAGAGUAAACACUCGUCUUCUUUAUCAGCAAACAAAAUUUAACCUUCUUCGAGAAGAAAGUGAGGGCUAUGCCAAACUGGUUACCCUUCUUUGUCGAGUUUAUGACGAUACAACUGAAAAUGCAUCAGCUGCAACGAUAGGCAUCAUUAAGUCGUUAAUUGGGCAUUUUGAUCUGGACCCAAACCGUGUCUUUGAUAUCGUUUUAGAGUGUUUUGAACUUCAGCCUGACAACACUAUCUUCUUGGAGUUGAUCCCUAUCUUUCCUAAGUCACAUGCAUCACAGAUUCUUGGUUUUAAGUUUCAAUAUUAUCAGCGAAUGGAAGUAAAUAGUCCUGUACCAUCUGGGCUCUAUAAGCUCACUGCUUUGUUGGUGAAGGAAGAUUUCAUUGAUCUUGAUAGCAUAUAUGCUCAUCUACUUCCUAGGGAUGAUGAGGCUUUUGAGCAUUAUAAUGCUGUUUCAUCCAAGCGACUGGAUGAGGCUAACAAAAUUGGAAAAAUAAAUUUAGCUGCUACCGGAAAGGACCUCAUGGAUGAUGAGAAACAAGGAGAUGUGACAAUUGAUCUUUUUGCUGCUUUUGACAUGGAAAAUGAGGCUGUUGCUGAAAGGUCCUCAGAGCUUGAAAGUAGUCAAACUCUGGGGUUGCUUACUGGUUUUCUCCUAGUGGAUGACUGGUAUCAUGCUCACAUAUUGUUUGAUCGUCUCGCUCCGCUAAAUCCAGUGGCACAUGUUCAAAUAUGCAAUGCGUUGUUUAGGCUUAUAGAAAAGUCAAUCUCAGCAGCUUAUGAUAUCAUUCGUCAAUCACAUCUGCAAAAUUUUGGGACUCCUUCAGGAGCUGGUAUUGACUCUAUGGACACAAGUAGUUCUCUUGGCCAUAGGUCAUUCAUUGAUCUUCCCAAAGAGCUUUUUCAGAUGCUUGCAAUCACUGGACCAUAUCUUUACCGUGAUACAAUAUUGCUGCAGAAGAUAUGUAGAGUGUUGAGAGGUUAUUAUUUGUCUGCACUUGAGCUUGUAAGCAGCAGUGAUGGAGCUACGAACGGUGAACUUGUUAUUACAGGAAACCCCCGUCCCCACCUGAGGGAAGCUAGGUUGAGGGUAGAGGAAACGUUGGGGACUUGCCUACUUCCUUCUCUGCAGUUGAUACCGGCAAAUCCAGCUGUUGGACAGGAGAUUUGGGAAGUGAUGAAUCUCCUUCCAUAUGAGGCGCGCUAUCGUUUAUAUGGUGAAUGGGAGAAGGAUGAUGAACGGAAUCCAAUGGUUUUAGCUGCAAGACAAACAGCUAAGUUGGACACUAGGAGGAUUUUAAAGAGGCUUGCGAAGGAAAAUCUGAAGCAGCUAGGCCGUAUGGUUGCAAAACUAGCUCAUGCUAAUCCAAUGACUGUCCUUCGUACAAUUGUUCACCAGAUUGAGGCAUAUCGGGAUAUGAUCACCCCUGUUGUGGAUGCUUUCAAGUAUUUGACACAGCUUGAGUAUGAUAUCUUGGAAUAUGUCGUAAUUGAGCGCUUGGCACAAGGAGGUCGUGAUAAACUAAAAGAUGAUGGCCUUAAUUUGUCAGACUGGCUUCAAUCACUGGCAUCAUUUUGGGGUCACCUGUAUGUCUACUUUCCUCAUUUGCAGGACUCUGCAUUGCUUAUCCUGUUUUUCCUUUCUGCACCGGCAUGUUGGUGCAAGAAGUAUCCAUCUAUGGAAUUGAGAGGUCUUUUCCAGUAUCUUGUGAACCAGCUUAAGAAGGGUCAGGGUAUUGAGCUUGUUCUUCUGCAGGAGCUCAUCCAACAAAUGGCUAACGUUCAGUACACAGAGAACCUAACAGAGGAACAGUUGGAUGCAAUGGCAGGGAGUGAGACUCUCCGGUAUCAGGCUACUUCUUUUGGUGUAACACGGAAUAACAAGGCUUUGAUAAAGUCUACCAACAGGCUACGGGACUCUUUGCUUCCGAAGGAUGAACCAAAGUUGGCAAUCCCUCUUUUGUUACUUAUUGCUCAACAUCGCUCUGUGGUUGUCAUUAAUGCAGAGGCGCCAUACAUUAAAAUGGUUAGUGAGCAAUUUGAUAGAUGCCAUGGAACUCUUCUUCAGUACGUGGAAUUUCUUUGCAGCGCUGUGAUACCCGCAAAUGCUUAUGCUCAGUUGAUUCCAUCUCUUGAUGAUCUUGUGCACCUUUACCACCUUGAUCCAGAGGUUGCAUUUUUAGUAUAUCGCCCUGUAAUGAGGCUCUUCAAGUGUGAGGGUAGUUCUGAUGUUUUCUGGCCUUUGGAUGACAAUGAAGUUGUGAACAGUACAACUACAAAUAUGGAGUCUGAGCAAGCAGAAUAUUCUGGCAAAGUGAUUUUGGAUCUUGGAUCUCCUCAAAAGCCUAUAAUGUGGUCGGAGCUUCUUGAAACUGUGAAAACAAUGUUGCCUUCAAAAGCCUGGAAUAGCCUCUCACCUGAUCUCUAUGCAACUUUUUGGGGGCUCACACUGUAUGAUCUUUAUGUUCCUAGAAAUCGCUAUGAAUCUGAAAUUGCAAAGCAGCAUGCUGCUCUUAAAGCUUUGGAAGAGAUUUCUGAUAAUUCAAGUUCAGCAAUUACGAAAAGGAAGAAAGACAAGGAAAGGAUUCAAGAAUCUCUAGAUCGUUUGACUAGCGAACUUCAAAAGCAUGAAGAAAAUGUUGCAUCGGUUCGUAGACGCCUGUCUCGUGAAAAAGACAAAUGGUUGAGUUCCUGCCCUGACACUCUGAAAAUUAAUAUGGAGUUUCUCCAGCGCUGUAUUUUCCCACGUUGUACUUUCAGCAUGCCGGAUGCCGUCUAUUGUGCUAUGUUUGUGCAUACUCUUCAUUCCCUUGGGACACCGUUUUUCAACACAGUAAACCAUAUUGACGUUCUGAUAUGCAAAACAUUGCAACCUAUGAUUUGCUGUUGCACUGAAUAUGAAGCAGGAAGACUUGGGAAGUUUCUAUAUGAGACGUUAAAGAUUGCUUACUACUGGAAGAGUGAUGAAUCAAUAUAUGAACGUGAGUGUGGCAACAUGCCAGGAUUUGCUGUGUACUAUAGAUUUCCAAACAGCCAACGGGUUACAUAUGGCCAGUUCAUCAAGGUGCACUGGAAAUGGAGUCAGAGAAUCUCACGAUUGUUGAUUCAGUGCUUGGAAUCAACCGAGUAUAUGGAAAUUCGAAAUGCUCUUAUUCUGUUGACAAAAAUAUCUGGUGUUUUCCCAGUUACCAAAAGGAGUGGGAUUAACCUUGAAAAGCGGGUAGCCAGGAUCAAAAGUGACGAAAGAGAGGAUCUUAAAGUAUUGGCAACUGGUGUUGCUGCCGCUUUGGCUGCUAGAAAGCCUUCUUGGGUUACAGAUGAAGAAUUUGGCAUGGGAUACCUUGACAUAAAGCCUCCAGCAGCUUCAAAGUCUUUGCCUAGUAACUUAGCAGCUGCACAAAAUAGUUCUGCUGUCAAUGUUUCUCAGGGUGAAUCUACUGGAGGAAGAACAGUGGCUGCAGUAACCCAACAUGGAGAAUCUGGGAACUCCGCCAGAGAACACAUAUCUAGAGGAAAACCGGCAGAUGGGAGGUUGGAUAGGAGUGAUAGUGUCUCACAUUUGAAGUCCGAUCCAGGACAUCAAAAAGUAAAAGGUGGAUCACUGGUGAAUGGGUCAGAUGUUCAGUUGUCUGUUUCCUCUGCUGGUAUAGGGGGGACCUCAAGAUCAGCAGAGAAUCAAAAGCAAAUGGAUGAAUCAGCAAAUAAAAUAAUGGAUGAAAGCACCGGAAGAGCUGCCUCAAAGAACUCUAUGGAGUCUGAGGUGAAAGCUUCAGCAAAACGGUCGGUGCCUGCAACAUCAAUUAAAACACCUAAGCAAGAUCUUGCAAAAGAUGAUUCCAAAUCUGGAAAAGCAGUGGGUAGAACUCUGGGCACUUCCUCCGGUGACAAAGAUAUCCCUUCUCAUUUGUCAGAAGGAAGGCUUGGACAUGUCACUAAUGUUUCUUCUGCUGCCACGUCCAAUGGUAAUUCAGUUUCAGCAUCAGCUAGAGGUUCAACGUCAUCUGCAAGAACCUCUGAUAGUCAUGGUGGUGAAUUGAAGGUAGAUAGUGGAGCUGCCAAAUCUGCAGUAAAAGAUGAUGCCACUGAAGUUACUGAUGGUCACAAGCCCACUUCUCGACUUGUUCAUUCUCCCAGGCAUGAUAGUUCUUUUGUGUCAUCAAAGUCUAGUGAUAAGCUACCGAAGAGAACAAGUCCUGCCGAAGAUCCUGACAGAUUAAGCAAGCGCCGGAAAGGCGAUAUUGAAUUGAGAGAUUCAGAGGGUGAAGUUCGCAUUUCUGACAAAGAGAGGUCUAUAGAUGCUCGACUAGUGGAUCUUGACAAGAUAGGAACUGAUGAACAAAAUAUGCAUAGGAGCACAGAUAAACUUAUGGAUAGGUCAAAAGACAAAGGCAAUGAGAGAUAUGACAGGGACUAUAGGGAAAGAUCAGAGCGUCCUGAUAAGUCCCGUGGAGAUGAUGUUCUAGUGGAAAAAUCAAGGGAUAGGUCAAUGGAAAGAUAUGGAAGAGAGCAUUCUGUAGAAAGGGGGCAGGAGAGAGGUGCUGAUAGGAGUUUUGACAGGCCCUCUGACAAAGCCAAAGAUGAACGAAGCAAGGAUGAUCGUGGCAAGCUGCGGUACAGUGAUACGUCUAUGGAAAAAUCUCAUAUUGACGACAGAUUUUAUGGGCAAAACUUGCCACCUCCACCACCCUUGCCUCCCCAUGUGGUUCCCCAAUCUGUUAAUUCCAGUAGAAGAGAUGAAGAUGCUGAUAGAAGGUUUGGUACUACCAGGCAUACUCAGAGGCUUUCUCCAAGGCAUGAGGAGAAAGAAAGGCGACGCUCAGAAGAAAAUUCUUUGGUUUCACAAGAUGAUGCAAAGCGUAGGAGAGAGGAUGAUUUUCGAGAGAGAAAGCGAGAAGAGCGAGAGGGGCUCUCGUUGAAGGUGGAGGAGAGGGAAAGAGAAAGAGAGAGGGAAAGGGAGAGAGAAAAAGUGACCCUUUUGAAGGAGGAAAUGGAUGUUGGUGCUGCCUCUAAGAGACGAAAACUUAAAAGAGAGCAUCUAUCAUCAGGGGAAGCUGGCGAGUAUUCUCCAGCUGCCCCACCACCUCCACCUCUUCCUAUUGGUAUGUCACAAUCGUAUGAUGGAAGAGAUAGAGGGGAUAGAAAAGGAGCCAUGAUUCAGCGUGCAGGCUAUUUGGAGGAACCUCCAAUGAGGAUUCAUGGUAAAGAAGCGGCCAACAAGAUGACUCGCCGUGAUGCUGAUCCGAUGUAUGACAGAGAAUGGGACGAGGACAAGAGGCAAAGAGCAGAGCAGAAGCGGAGGCACAGGAAAUGAUGUGCUGGAAACAGCUCUAGACAACCUGAUUGGGUGAGUCAAUUACGGGUGUGUGAUUACUUGGGAGUUCCCCUUCCAUUGAUACUUAUAUUUAGUGUUAAAACUGUACCAGACUAGCUGUUAUAGCACAUGAUUUUGGUGGCUUUUGUAUCAGAGUUCAUUUAUUGGAAAACUCCAGAUUGAUCAACACCAUCUGUACAAUAUACUCUGUAUUCUGAGCAAUGUAGACUGUAGCAUAGUUUUAUCUUAUUAAGUAUUCCUCUUUGAAAUUC